AUGUCUGGCGGACAGGAUCUUCCUGGCUACUUUUUUGGCCAGUCAAGCUUUGCAAAUCAUUCGAAUGUUCCUGAGAGUUCAGUUGUGAAUAUUUCUCACUUGAUUACUGAGGAGCGUGAUAUGCAUGCUUAUGCUGCAAUGGGAUGUAGCUUUCAGGCUGGUUCUGCUACUAUUACCAAGUUGGCAGGCGCUAGAAAAGAAGACUCUGUGGUUAUCAUGGGUGUUGGUGCGGUUGGUCUAUCGGCUAUUAUGGCUGCUAAGAUCUGCAGAUGCUCGCCCAUAAUUGCAGUUGAUCUGCAUGAGACAAGGCUACAGAUGGCAAGAGAGCUAGGAGCUACCCAUGUGAUAAAUACAUCUAUUGACUCUGUUGACCUUGCUGCGGAGAUACAGACAAUCACCAAUGGUAAUGGUCCAACAAUUACAGUUGACACUACUGGUUCUCCGGCCUUAUGUAAGGAUGGUCUGGAUUUCACUGCAGAUAAUGGUAAAAUGAUUCUUUUGGGUACUCCACCCUUAGAUGCGGAGUUCAACAUCGGGAAUUUAGUGGGUUUUAUCAAGUCUGGAAAAUCUCUCGUUGGAAGCAUGGAGGGUGAUGCAAUUCCAGGGAAGCAUAUUCCUCAGAUGAUAAGGUGGUUUAAGUCUGGUAUAUUCCCUAUUGACCGGCUGGUGAAAACAUACAAGGUCGAAAACUUCGAAGCUGCUAUUAGUGAUAUGAAAGCUGGUAGUACUAUCAAACCAGUUCUACUUUGGAAAUAA